AGAGAUCGCGAUACACGGCGCACGCGCACUCUCUAUAUAUUUGUUCGUCAAAGCCUAAUAUUGAGUUCCGACAAAAUUAUCAACAAAAUCUUGAAGAUGGCUGGUCAUUAUUCAUAUGUAUUUUUGUUGGUGACCGCGUGUCUCGCUUUAGGUGUAUCGUCUUAUCCUUCCAAUAACGAGAAACAGAAGUCUCUCGAUGAUGAAAAUAUCGAGCGAAAUGACAUUUCAACAACCGCAGAUGUCUCCAGCUUGCUUGCUUUGGAUCCAGCUGUUGAAUAUAACUCAAGAAAAGCAAGAGCUAUAAAGAAACGUACUGUAUCCCAAGGAUCCAUCGUCCAAGAAUUAGAUAACGCAAAAAACAUUAAAAAGGUUGUCUCUUUAAAACCUAACACAACUCGCAAACCGCUUAAAGAAGACAAUUCCGAGGACACCAAAACAUCAGGCGAUGGCAGUUUGAGAUUCCCAUUCGGAGACUUCACUUGGUUCGGAAACAAGAAACCUGUAUCGCCCACACCAGGAUUUUUCAUCAACAGACUGAAAGUUAGGAAAGGCGGCGUGGCUAUUGCCGGCCCCGGUGGUGUGGCAACUGCCGGUAGAGGAGGAGCAGCUAUCGUCGGCCCAGGAGGACUCGCCUACACCCAGCCAGGAGGACUCGCAGUCGCCGGUCCAGCCGCUCGUGUCGUCGCAUUAUCUCCAGAAAUUGACUUAUCCUCCGUCGUAACUCGUCUCCAGGAGCAAGCAGCGACAGACGGUUCUUGGAGAGGUCGAGAUGACGGAAACUGGUACAGUGGAAUCGAUGGAGGACCAAACUCGUACAACUAUGACGGAGUCAACUUCGGCAAAGGCCCUUUGAAGAUACAAGAUACUGAUUUCAUGUUGUAUGUAAAGCCAGUAGCACAUGCCUUAAGCGCUAAAGGAACCGCAGUGGCCAAUCCCAUUUCCCAAGUAGUGGUGACUCGCGAUCGCGCUGGCUCUAUAGCACAUACUCCUGUCGCGUCGGCUGUGGUUGGGCCCGGAGGUGUGGCGCAUGCGGCAACACUAGAGUACCUGCCUUUCUACGGCGGAGGCAAAGGCCAAUAUUUAGAAAUAAAGAAGAACAACUUAGGUGUUGUCACGAGUGAGAAAAUUGUCUCAGAAGACAAAAUAAGCACCGACGUUAUAAAAAACAAUGAUGACAGUCUCCUUGCCAAGCUAUUAACUGCUAAUUUAGAAAGUCUAAGAACUAUCACAAAUAAUCUUUUGAAACUUCAUAAUGUGGGCAGGAAGACUGGCUACCUUAGUAAUCCUCAGAAAGUGAGGUUCAGGACUCAACUGGCGUCUCUCGGCGAAACUGCGUCAAACAGUAUCAAGCUGAUAGAAGACAUCGGAGACAACGUUGAUGGACUUUUUAAGAAGACUGCUGUAGCGAGAAGAUACGGACAGCCCGACUUUGAUGAUGAUGUGGGCGAAGAAGGCGUUAGCGUCGACGCGCCUUCGUCUAGUUUUGAGGACGAUGGUUUUGAAGAUAGAAUUGCUGAGGCGAAACCAGUUGGUCUAGCAGUCAUUGGAGAACACGGCCUUGCAGCAUCGAGACCAAUUGGUACUGCCAUUGCAGCUUCAGGGGUGGCGAUAAGCAGGCCGAUAGCUACCGCGAUAGCCGGCGUCGACCCCAGCGCGCUGGGACUCAAUCUACAAAUCAAUCAUUUUGGGAGAUCCAAAACACGCACACGAGGCUAAAUAACACGAAAAUCCGCAUUGAAAAUGAUUAAACAAACAAUUCGUCACGUGUAUAAUCAAUGUAUAUUAUUAUAAAAAUACACGAGAUAAAUUCAACUCGUGAAACGGAAAAUCAUGAAAAAAGCAUUUGUAAAUUAUAUUAGUUUGGAUUUUGCUUACAUAUUAUCUUUAGCAAAA